AUGGAAAGGGAAGAAAACAACCGGCUUGUCUACCUAGGUGACCUCGGCUGCAGCAAAUCUGGUGGUGGUGGUGGUGGUGGUGGUGGUGGUGGUGGUGGUGGUGGUGGUGUAAAGACUAAAGCGUUCAAGAAAGUGACAAAUACACCGCAAAUGCUGUCACGGACACAAUGGAGUAAGUAGACUUCGUCGGCGUGUUGAGACGCGAUGCACUUAGUACGAAGAGACGGCUUCCAAAUUGGGGGUUUUCAGAGCAAAUGGCUACCCGUAAAACCUCACUGAUUGACGCAUAUGCACACCAGACGAACGACAAAAUCGCACCGACCCAAAAUUGUGGUGAGUGCCUCCGGCCGUCAAGGACGUCUCGGAGGCUGUCAGAUGCCUUCUCACACCACUUGGAGUUGGAGUCGCACACAGACCGCAGACAACCAUUAGGCGUCAGAUGAUGAGACCAAAAGACGCAUUGCCACGGCAAGAAAAAUCUGGGGUCGUCGACCGAAUCUGGUGUAGUUGCGGACAAAGUAACUGCGUCGGAGAAACUGGGAGACUGCUCUGAAGGCGGAUGACCGAACACGCGGCGGCAGUGCGGAGAAAUGACGCCAAAUCUCAAGUUACGACCCAUUUGACGAGAGCCAGCCACACAUGCAAGUUCAAUGAGACUGAAAUUUUCGUGCGAGGUGAUAAACGCGUGAUCCGCGAGUUGCGGGAGUUAUGGUACGCGGGGCCCAAGUCUAUCAACAGGUGCAAUGACAUCACCACCUUAUAUUCGGUUUGACCAAAGCACUUAGCCACUUGGGGAGCUCGCAGGCCGUCGCGCUAUGUGGCCGAGCAAUCAGCAUGACAACAUGCAACAUUGGCGAGGAAAUGACAACAGUCCUUACGCAGCACUUCAUUUGACGGGACCCAUCAACACAUUCAAGUUUGAAGAGGUUGAAAUUCUCUCGGCAAAUGACGAUACCAAGAGCCGCCAGCGGCCUGAGCCAUGGUUUAACGUCCUCCAGUCUGUUAAAGAGUGCAAUAAUCUCUCCCUCCCAUAUCUGAUUCAAAGACAUAGUGUGAAUAGAGGACUUAGCCAAACGAACAACGCCAGUGCCAGUGAGACAGAUGAUUAAAUAAUCAUCACGCCAAUACCCAUCGUGGGUGAUAAAAUUGCACAGGAUAACCACUCGAAUGCCGGCCAUUAUGCAAGUAUAGCAUCAAGGACAGUCAUUCCCGAUGAAAGGGACGGCAUUGCUUUCGUACAGUAGGUGGCCUAACUCAUGAAACGUCAGUCAAAAUUCCGAAAAACGUUUUCGUUUCGAAAAGAUUAAGUAAGUAGUGUUGCAAAACUAAUCACCAUGCAGCAUAAUUCUAUAAUGAUUCAGUUACCUUAGGAUACUGGCUUUCGAACGGACUUCAUUUCGGCUGCAGGCAAAAAACCACGCUCUAUAAAAAAUGGCUGUUUAAGUAGCAUGCAUUUUUCUAAUUGAUUUUCGAUGCCCUUAAAAAUUCAACUAUACUUCAUGAAAAGCAUGCAACGGACUCGUGGUCCGGCGGGUAGAGGCGUGGACUUCUAAAUCAACAGGUCGCGAGUUCGAGGCUCGGGUGUUCCACAUUUCGGGCUUGGGUAUGGCUGGCUGACGACGGCUAAUAAGCCAGAAAUGGCCAUCCCAGUCUCCCUUGUCUUUGUCGGUAAUACCAUUAUGCAUAAAAAUAUUUAUCUUAGCACUCAUUCGUUAGAAAUGUUCGUUUCUGUUAAGUUUUAUACUCGAAGAAAGGGUAUAAUUCGGUUUUCAAAGACUUUCCCAAUUUCCGAAUAAUUUUGAAUCCGACCUGCCGUUACAUUUGCAUUCAAGGUUUCAAAUCUGCUAGUCGUACAUUUCCCGCUUACGGAAAACCAUGCAUUCCUCUGUGGUAUUAAGAGGCGAUUAUAUGUGGCCCAUAAAAUUUAGUAGUGGAUUUGGACAAUAUUGUUAGCUUUACUAGUCACUUUGGUAAAUGCAUAGACAUGACGUUUUAUGAACGGCAUUUUCACGGUAUUAAAAAAUCUCACAAUCAGAAACUUUUUAAACCGGAAUAUCCCCUUUCUUCAAGUAAAAAUUGGAAGAAGUCGUAGUUCUUUAGCAAACGAACAAAGGAAUGAAUAUUGUUAUGCAUGUUUCUUACGAGACAUAGCUGGCCUUUUAAGGGAAUCGAAAAUCAAUGAGAAAAAUGCAUGCUGCAUAAGUAGUCAUUUUUUACCGAGUAUAGUUUUUUCACGCUACCGGAAGGAAGUUCUUACGAAAGCUAACAUUCUGAGGUAACUGAAUUAUUAUAGAAUUAUGCUGCAUGAUGAUUAGUUUUACAACUGACUAGGCUGACUAGCUUUACAACCCAACUUAAUUAAUCUUCUCAAAACAAAAACGCAUUUCGGAAUUUCGGUUGACAUUUCAUGAGUUGGCCCACGUACUGUAGAUAUGCGAUAGCCUAACGACUACAUCCUAUAAAUACAGCAAACCUAUAUGCAUGAAUUACGUGCAUGUGAGGCAGUCUCUGGUGAUGGAUUCGAGCAUGAAUCUGAACAGCCAAGCUCUGCUUUCAGCGGUUGCAUCUAGUUCUUCGCGACUGAUUUUUAGGAUUGCCAGUUUGGCAUGUAUAGGCACUCUUGUCACUGGUUAUGCCAUUGUCGGUUUUUCCGUCGCCAGAAAUGGUUCUAACUACUUAGUUACCCUUUUGUUGACAAGGCCGUUUCUCGAUUGUUCCUUCUGUAUGCUACGAACGUCGAAUCUUUCGGUUCUAUCGGACUCAGACUAUCGGUGGUGACUUUCUGCGUAGAGUCCGAGAUCAAACCUGGCCUCAACGUGCAUACAUCAAUGACUGUCUUUCAUACCAGCCUAUGUACAGUAGGUGGGCUAACUCAUGAAGUCGCAACAGAAAUUCCGAAAUGCGUUUUUGUUUCAAAAAGAUUAAUUAAGUAGGGUGGUAAAAACAAUCGUUGUACAGCAUAAUUAUAUAAUAAUUCAGUUACCCCCGGACGCCGGCUUUCGAACAAACUUUUUUUCGGCUGCAUGUAUGAACUAUACUCUGUAAAAAAUUAUCAUUUAAGUAGCAUGCAUUUUUCACUGAUUUUCGAUGCCCUCAAAGAUGUAAUUAUAUUUCAUUGAAAACAUGCAUAGAAAAUAUUCCUUCUUUUGCUCAGUCAGUAGAAAAUUACAUCUUCUUUCAAUUUUACACUCGAAGGAAGGGUAUAUUUUGGUUUUAAAAAAGGUUCGAAUCGUGAGAUUUUUUAAUACCGCGAAAUGGCCCUUUAUAAAACGUCAUGUCUCUGCAUGUAACAACCUGGCUUGUGAAGUUAACAAUGUGGCUCAUACCCACUGCUAAAUUCUACGAACUCCAUAUGGUCUCCUUUAAUAGCGUAGAGAAGUGUAUGGUUUUCCGCACGUGGAAAUUGUACAGAUUGUAGUUGGGGAACUCUGAAUGCUAAUGCAACGGCAGUUCGGGUUCAGUAUUAGUCGGGAAUUGGAAAAGUUUUAUAAAACCAAAUUAUGCCCUUCCUGCCAGUGUACAAUUGAAAGAAGACGUCAAUUUCUACAGGAUGGGCGAGUGAAUAAAUAUCUUCACGCUUGUUUUCCAUGAAAUAUAAUUGAAUCUUUAAGAGUAUUGGAAAUCAAUGAAAAAAUGCAUGCUACUUAUGUAAUCAUUUUUUAAGGAGUAUGGUUUUUAGAUGCAGCAGGAAAGAAAUUUUUUCGAAAGCCGGAGUUUGCGGGUAACUGAAUUAUUAUAGAAUCAUGCUGUACGAUGAUUGUUUUUACAAGCCCACUUAAUUCAUCUUUUCGAAACGAAAACGCAUUCCGGAAUUUCUGUCGCGAUUUCCUGAGUUAGCCCACUUACUGCAGCUGACUAUCCGCGCCAAACACGCAUGAAUAACGUUAAUCAGGUUGUGGUUUCGGGUCUUACAUCUAUGGUUAGAAAAUAGAACGACCACAAGUAGACUUGAUUGGAUAAGGGAUUCCACCAAUGAGGAGGGAGGCUGAACUGAUCACUUCUGGGCUUUUUGCUGUUUUAAGUCGGCCAUGCUCCAACCUCGGGUGGUGAGAUCUUAAUUUUGAUCGUGCGUAUUCCAGGCCAUGUGGGGUCUUGUGUUUUCUCUACUGAAAUUGGACCGGUAAAGCACCACCUCUGCGUGAUAAUUGCUUAUGUCGAGUGGAGCACACACUGACAGGGCAAACGAGUUGACGAUGCGAUGCGCAACUGAAAGAAGUUCAUAGUCGGAAUAGCAUUACCAGCAAAGACAAGGCGGACGGGGAUGACCAUUUCCGGCUUAUCAGCCGUCGUCGGCCAGUCACAUCCAACUGCGGGGUGUGGAACACCUGGAGUUCGAUCCCGCGACCCGUUCGAUAGAAGCCCGACGCCACGGUCUGGUUGUACUGUCAUUUGCGAUCAAGAAUAUACAGUGGUGGAGGGCACUCAUCAAUCCUGUUACUGAUCUCAUUCGUCCCGUUGUGCCUUGGGGCUCUCUCUCAAGCCCUGCCAGCAGCCGCUGAGCGACACAUGAUAUAGACAGUAUGUUAUUACCGACAAAGAGAGGGGAGACUGGAAUGGCCAUUUCUGGCUUAUUAGCCGUCGUCAGCCAGCCAUACCCAAGUCCGAAGUGUGGAACACCCGAGCCUCGAACUCGCGACCUGUUGGUUUAGAAGUCCACGCCUCUACGGCUAAUAAGCCAGAAAUGGCCAUUCCAGUCUCCCUUGUCUUUGUCGGCAAUACUAUUCUGCCCAUAUAUCAUGCGCCGCUGUGCGGCUGCUGGUUGGGCUCGAGAGAGAGCCCUUAAGGCACAACGGAACGAGUGAGUUCCGUAAGAACGAUCGGUGAGCGCCCCUUAGCAUUGUAUAUUCCCGAUAGAAAACCGACAGGGCAACGGGCUCGUGGCCCGGUGAAUAGAGGCUUGGACUUCCAACUAACAGGUCGCGAGUUCGAGGCUCGAGUGUUCAACACUUCGGGCUUGGAUAUGGCUGGCUGACGACGGCUAACAAGCCAGAAAUGGCCAUUCCAGUCUCCCUUGUCUUUGUCGGUAAUGCCAUUCUGCCCAUAUAUCAUGCGCCGCUGUACGGCUGCUGGUUGGGCUCGAGGGAGAGUCCAUAAGGCACAACGGAACGAGUGAGUUCCGUAAGAACGAUCGGUGAGCGCCAUCUACCAUUAUAUAUAUAUGUCAAGUAAGCGUUUGACCUUCACUGUUGUGGUCAUGAUCUUACUCGAUCCCAUUUGUCCGCCUGCUAACUUGCUACUGGCGACAACGAACGUUGUGUCAUAAGACACAUACCACAUAUGAUACGAGGGGUACAACAGUGGGGGUCAAGCACUUACUUGACAUGUUUUAGACCUCACUUCAAACGGCCUACGACGUACUGAUGAUCGUCGACGGCCGUGAAACAGCUGUCUGAAUCUGGCUUGUUGCACUCCUAGUGAGCUGUUAAUGUAGUAUAUACACAUAUCGAGGAUAUAAAGUAUGGUAGAAGUGUGCUCAAUGUGGCGCGAGUACAAUUUAUUUUUCAGAAAACCUCUUCCUUCUUUAUCAUAGUUGCUCGGAAUGUAUACCACCUCUGAUUUAUUACAUGUAUACAUAUAUAUUCCGAAUGACAGAAACUACUCGCGGUCUAUCCAGUUGAAUAGAAGGAGACAGGUGGGCGAUCGUUAGAACCAGUUGUUUGUUUAUCCGAAGUGUGAAACACCCGAGGCUCGAACUCGCGACCCGUUAGUUAGAAGUCCACGCCUCUAACCACUGGGCCACGAGACCGUUGCCCUGUCGGUUACGGAUAAAGACAAGGGGCUGGAACGGUAAUGAUAUUUUUUUAUUCAUAUUCUUGAUAUCUCGUGUCUCGGGCACAUGACCCCGCCUAUAUUCAGUUAGGCAUGGAGGACUUUUGCCACUUUGAGACUGUCUCUGUAGGGAAUUGAAGCAUCUAGGCUAUGGAGAUUUUUUGCUUCUAGACCCAGCAGGGGCAGGAAAUAACUCCUUCUGGAAUUCUGUGGCAGUUUUACUUCUUUCACAUGUCCAUCAUGUCCGGCCAGGGGAGUCUUCGAGAGGCUCUACAUUCAGUGACCGACCUCAUGAAAGGCUAGCCGGAAUUCUGAAAUGCGUUUUCGAUUUGGAAGGGUUACUUAAGUGUGGUUGUAAUGUUGAUUGCCCUGCCGCAUGGUCUUGUAUUACUUCGGACUUGUUGGGAUAGUGACUUUUGAAUGCACUUCUUUUCGACCUCCUGUAAAACUGCACCUGGCAGAAAAUGGCUACUUAAAGGGCAUGCAUUCUUCACAGUGAUUUUCGGUGGUCCUCCAAGUUCAAGUAUAUUUUUGCGUUGAAAACACGCGCCAGUUUGGUAACAGCUCACGUUGUCUUCGCACUUUAUACUAAAAAAAGGAGUACUCUUCGAUUUUAAAAAAUUUCUUAUUAUGAGAAUUUUUAAAACCGUGCACUAUUCAUUCAUACUACAUCGUACCUGGCUGUUUAUUAAUGCUCCUCAGGAAGUGUGCAACACAGUCCGCACAUGGACUCAUCUUACAAAACAUAGAGGAAUAUAUGAUUUUCCGCAACUGGAACGUAUAAAUCUUGCCGACUGAAAUUGCUGAAGGCUAGCGCAACGGCCGAUCUGGCUCAAAAUUUUACGGGAAUUAGAAAACUUCUUCAUAACCGGAAGGUACUCGUUCCUCGGGCAUAAGAUGCAAAGAUGACACGAGUUGCCACCAACUGGGUGAGAAACAGCAUAUUUUCUUGCCUGUUCCCCAUAAACGAUGUUUAGAUUUGGAAGGCCAUCGAAAAUCAAUGUGAUUAAUGGAUACUACUUAAGUAACCAUUUUUUACCGAGUGCAGUUUAUACGGGAGGUCGCAAAGAAGUGCAUUCAAAAGCAAACAUUUUGGCAAGUCUGUAUAAGACAAUGCGGCAGGUUAGUCAACAUUAGAACCCCAUCCAAGUAACCUUUCCUAAUCAAAACUCAUUUCAAAAUUUUGGCCAAAAUUUAAUGAGAUCAUCCUCUUCUCGUAGAAGGACCCAGCCAGAGGGUAAUUUGCGGACGUCUAUCACAGUGGCACGUUUGGAAACACGCAGACAUUGACUCUGUAGGAUCUGGUCGUGAUUGGUCUAAUUGCCGAUAGAAGCGAACAGGCGAGUUCCAGGGAGCAGUUCAGAAGAAGAAGAAGAAGAAGAAGAAGAAGAAGAAGAAGAAGAAGAAGAAGAAGAAGAAGAAGCAGAAGAAGAAGAAGGAUAAGAAGAAGAAGGAGUUGCCAUCACUAGAACAGGAAGUUUAUUGA